AAAGUUUCUAUUUCAGCAUGCUUUACUUUUACUUAAAUAAAUUCUCAAAUAAAAUGCAUUCACUUUUAUGAUCUCAACAAGAUCGCUCAUUCCUAUAGCGGAGUUGAAGUUUCAGCUUAUUCACAAUCAUCAAAAGAAUGGAGUAGUUCCCACAGACUUCCAGCAAUGAGCUGUCAAAUUCAGUCUGCAUACAGUAGCCUCCUUACAAUCGUCCCGACGGUAAAAGUAUCAAAUUCCGCAAACACCUGGACAAGGAAGUGAAAUGACCAUCAAAUAAAGCAGUUAACUCACGUCAGGCGAGUGGACCAGGGUCCCUGAGCUCACUACUCUCAAAUUCUAACUCCGGCUUCACAUCAUUAGGCGUUAAGCAGCCAAUUGGGCCGUCUGGGAGCCGUGCAUCCUGGGAGUUAUAGUUUCCGGCUCCCUCCUUCAGACUACAAGCUCCACAGAGCCGCGGGAGGACGGUUGCCUGGUAUUACUAGCAAGCAGCAACUAUGGCGGUGGCGCGCGUGGACGCGGGUUUGCCUCCCGGAGAAGGAUCAGUGGUCAAUUGGUCAGGGCAGGGACUACAGAAAUUAGGUCCAAAUUUACCCUGUGAAGCUGAUAUUCACACUUUGAUUCUGGAUAAAAAUCAGAUUAUUAAACUGGAAAAUCUGGAGAAAUGCAAACGAUUAAUACAGUUAUCAGUGGCUAAUAAUCGGCUGGUUCGGAUGAUGGGUGUGGCCAAACUGACAUUGCUUCGUGUAUUAAAUUUACCUCACAAUAGCAUUGGCUCUGUGGAAGGGCUAAAGGAACUAGUACAUCUGGAAUGGCUGAAUUUGGCAGGAAAUAAUCUUAAGGCCAUGGAACAGAUCAAUAGCUGCACAGCUCUACAGCAUCUCGAUUUAUCAGAUAAUAACAUAUCUCAGAUAGGUGAUCUAUCUAAAUUGGUAUCCCUGAAAACCCUGCUUUUACAUGGAAACAUCAUCACCUCUCUUAGAAUGGCACCUGCUUACCUACCCAGAAGUCUUGCUAUACUUUCUUUGGCAGAAAAUGAAAUCCGAGACUUAAAUGAGAUCUCUUUUUUGGCAUCCUUAACUGAAUUGGAACAGUUGUCGAUUAUGAACAAUCCUUGUGUGAUGGCAACACCUUCCAUCCCAGGAUUUGACUAUCGGCCGUACAUCGUCAGCUGGUGCUUAAACCUCAGAGUCCUAGAUGGAUAUAUGAUUUCUCAGAAGGAAAGCUUGAAAGCUGAAUGGCUCUAUAGUCAAGGCAAGGGGAGAGCAUAUCGGCCUGGCCAACACGUCCAGCUUGUCCAGUAUCUGGCUACAGUCUGCCCCCUCACUUCCACACUAGGUCUUCAAACUGCAGAGGAUGCCAAACUAGAGAAGAUUUUGAGCAAACAGAGGUUUCACCAGAGGCAAUUGAUGAACCAAAGCCAAAAUGAAGAAUUGUCUCCUCUUGUUCCUGUUGAAACCAGGGCAUCCCUUAUUCCUGAGCAUUCAAGCCCUGUUCAGGAUUGCCAGAUAUCCCAGGAAAGUGAACCCGUCAUUCAAGUCAAUUCUUGGGUUGGGAUAAGCAGUAAUGAUGAUCAGUUAUUUGCGAUUAAGAAUAAUUUUCCAGCCUCUGUACACACUACAAGAUAUUCUCGAAAUGAGCUGCACCUGGAAGACAUACAGACAGAUGAGGACAAGUUAAAUUGUAGUCUUCUCUCUUCAGAGUCUACUUUUAUGCCAGUUGCAUCAGGACUAUCUCCAGUAUCACCUACAGUUGAGCUGAGGUUGCAAGGCAUUAACUUGGGCCUAGAAGAUGAUGGUGUUGCAGAUGACUCUGUGAAAGGGCUGGAAAGCCAGGUAUUGGAUAAGGAAGAAGAAAAGCCUUUAUGUGCUGCAAAUGAGAAUAUGGUUCAAAUGAUGAAAAGUGAGAUCAGUACAGAGGUAAAUGAGACAGUUGGGCUUUCUCCUUGUCCUGAGCCAACAAUAAUCAGCUCUGUCUUGAAGGAUGAUAACAACAGUCUUACAUUUUUUCCUGAGUCAGCUGGACACAGCGUCUCCCAUAUACAACCAGAAAAUAAAGAAACCAUAUCUAAAGCAACUUCGGAGAAACUUCCUUGCAUGGUUUUAACCCAGAGAUCUGCUGCUUUGGGACAAGAUAAAGUUGCUCUUCAGAAAUUAAAUGAUGCAGCCACCAAGCUUCAGGCCUGUUGGCGGGGCUUUUAUGCCAGGAACUACAACCCUCAAGCCAAAGAUGUGCGUUAUGAAAUCCGGCUGCGCAGAAUGCAGGAGCACAUUGUCUGCUUAACUGAUGAAAUAAGGAGGUUACGAAAAGAAAGAGAUGAAGAACGUGUUAAAAAAUUUGUACAAGAAGAAGCUUUCAGAUUUCUUUGGAAUCAGGUAAGGUCUCUACAGGUUUGGCAACAGACAAUGGACCAGCGUCUAAGUUCCUGCCAUAUUGAUGUUCCUCCUAUAUCAAGUACUCUUGUGCCAUCUAAACCUCCAUUAUUUACCCAAAGCCAGGAGUCCUCUUCUGAUCAAAAUGCUGAUUGGUUCACUGCUUCUGAUGUAGCUCCUCAAGAGAAAUCAUUACCAGAUUUUCCAGACUCUGGUUUUCAUUCCUCUCUAGCAGAACAAGUUUACUCUUUGCAGGAUUCUUUGGAUUUUGAAAAAAGUUCCACAGAAGGCAGUGAAAGCUCCAUAAUGGGGAAUUCCAUUGACACAGUUAGAUAUGGCAAAGAAUCAGAUUUAGGGGAUGUUAGUGAAGAACAUGGUGAAUGGAAUAAGGAAAGCUCAAAUAAUGAGCAGGACAAUAGUCUGCUUGAACAAUAUUUAACUUCAGUUCAACAGCUAGAAGAUGCUGAUGAAAGGACCAAUUUUGAUAAAGAGACAGGAGAUAGUAAACUUGACAUUGCUUGUUUCCCAGUACAGUUAGGUACCUUGUGUGAUGGUGCUUCUGUAGAUGAGAGUCAUGGCAUUCCUCCUACUUCGCAAGGUGAAAUUAGCCAGACACAAGAGAAUCCUAAAUUAAAUGCAGAAGUGCAAGGGCAGCAGUCAGAAUGUGAUUCUACGUUUCAGGUAUUGCAUGUUGGUAUUACUGUGUAGAGUGUCAUGGUCUUUUGGGAAGCAGAUAUCCACUUAACUUUUCUUAAAAAUACUUUCAGUUGCCUUUUUUUUUUUUUUUUGGAGGGGAGUACUCCCUAACGCUAAUUUUGUUACUAUUUAUAUAGGAUUUGUAUUCAUGUCUCAUAUUUUUCAGAUUCUAGGUAUUGAGCUGAGUUUUCAUUUUGAUUUUGUACAUGCAGCUUUUUACUUAGCUGUAAUGUACCAAACUAUUUAUAUUGAAAGCUAUAUGCACUUUAUUUCUUCACUAAAUUGCAUCAGCAAUAUUCCUGUUUCUUUCAUGUACCCAUGUACUUUCAAAAAUAAGUUAGAAUAUAUUAAAGAAAAUAGAAAAAAUUACCUUAAAUAUAUGAAUUUUCACCCUUCUGUAUCUGAGAAAAUUAAUUAAAUAGUAAGGAAUGAAAUUUGAUAACGUAAAUAUAAACUGGAAAUGUGAGGAUUGCGAACUAUUGAAAUUUGCCAAUCUCCUUGGUGUAAAAAUGUUUUUUUAAAUCCUUUUUUCAUCCUUUCUGAGCCAAGGAAAGCCUUUCUAUAAGCAAAUUAAGGAAGAAAAGGUAGGAUUAUAGGAUUUCUCAGUGGGGAUGAUUAAAUUGUCUCAUGGAAAACUUCAGUUAAUGUCAUGCAUCAGUUUUUUUGUUUGUUUGUUUUUGAAACGGAAUCUCGCUCUGUCACCAGACUGAAGUGCAGUGGCAUGAUCUCAGCUCACUGCAACCUCUGCCUGCUG